AUGUCUGUCCCGGCCUACUCUGACAUCUCCAAGUCCGCCAACGACUUGCUGAACAAGGACUUCUACCACCUGUCAGCUGGCACCAUCGAGGUCAAGAGCAACACCCCCAACAAUGUUGCCUUCAAGGUCACCGGCAAGAGCAGCCACGAGAAGGCCACCACUGGCGCUCUCGAGGGCAAAUACUCGGACAAGGCUCGCGGUAAAUCUACCAGAUCCUCUCAAUUGUACAGAAAGAAACUCGCUCGCGGGCAGCCAACGGUUGUUACGGCUACGCUGGGUCCCAUCGCGGUACCAGGAGCCUGCCGCCAAUGGCCCCUCGAUUUCAGCGUCUUCCUCACCCAACAAGUAUCAACCUUGCUAAUGAUGUACCACGGCACAGGCCUCACCCUGACUCAGACCUGGAACACCGCCAAUGCGCUCGAGUCCAAAGUCGAGUUGGCCGACAGCAUCGCCAAGGGUCUCAAGGCUGAGGGAAUCUUCUCCUUCCUGCCCGCCGCCCAGAGCCAGGGCGCAAAGCUCAACCUCACCUUCAAGCAAUCUGCUUUCCACGGCCGUGCCUUCUUCGACCUCCUGAAGGGCCCCACCGCCAACGUCGACGCCGUCAUCGGCCACGAGGGCUUCCUGGCUGGUGCCUCUGCUGGUUUCAAUGUGCAGAAGGGAGAGGUGACUGGCUACAGCGCCGCCGUCGGCUUCCACGCUCCCCAGUACAACGCUGCCAUCACCGCUUCGGACAACCUGACCAUCUUCGCUGCCAGCUACUACCACAAGGUCAACAGCCAGGUCGAGGCUGGUGCCAAGGCUACCUGGAACUCCAAGAACAGCAACGCUGUUGGCCUCGAGGUUGCGAGCAAGUACCGACUUGACCCUGUCUCUUUCGCCAAGGGCAAAAUCAACGACCGUGGUGUCGCUGCUGUCUCGUACAACGUCCUCCUGCGCCCCGGCGUUACUCUCGGUCUCGGCGCCUCCUUCGACACCCAGAAGCUCGAGCAGGCCACCCACAAGGUCGGUGCCAGCUUCACCUUUGAGAGCUAA